AUGUACAAAGAUUAUCUAUUUAAAUCAAAUAAAGGUUACCUAUCAUUAACAUUAGUAACUUUACCUGUUUGUUCGAGUUUACAUUGUUAUUUCCUUUGGACGACUUUAAGUCGACUUUCCUCGCUACCCAUCGAUGUGCCUCGCUCUGUCUGCUCUGUUGCCAGCCUGGACCUUGACUUGGUCAUUAUCAACUUACUUUCAAUCCUUAGAGACUGA